AUUCAUUUGUUAAAAAAAAAAUGGGUAGUCGUUAUAUUUUCUCCAAAAAAAGACUACAGUGUAGUCCCAAUAAACUGGCUUGUUGAAACAGAAACCCAGAAAUUGUCUACCUGUACAAUAGGAUAUUGUUACUGGCCAUCAAUAAGGGUAACUAGCACAGACUUAAAAGCUGCUGUAGAUCCAGAUCAGUCUUGGUGUCAAUAUAAAAUCCGUGUAGUUGGUGGCAACAAGACUUACAGUAAUUUCAAUAAAGCCUGGCAUGAGCGAAUUGAAAUAGAGUCAACUGACAAUGAGAGUAUUUUAAAUGAACAUCAUCCAUUUAAGAGAAACAAAAAAAAUAAAACUGUGGAUACUAGUGAUAGUAGUGAAAAUGAAGAUUCAACUGGUUAUACUAUUGUACCUUCUAGUAAACAAAAUGAAUUGCUGUUUAAUACAUCACAUACUGAAUAUUCAACACAUACUGAUACAAUUCAAACUCUAUAUACAAACACACAACAACAACCGUCUAUAUCAACUUCUACUGAUGGCAAAAAUUCCAUUAUUACCCAAGUUGAUUCUUACACAAAUGUACAGCCAAGUUCUUCUUUUUCGGCAACACCAACUUUUUCUGCAAACCAAGAAAAAUCUUAUACAGAUCUUGAAGUUAGAUCAUUAACUUCACCAAACUCAUCAAACGUCCAAGAAUCAAGUAUGAUGGAACAGUUCACAUUUGAACCGUUUUAUACAGGAUCACAGGUUAAUCAUUUGGAAGUUYUAAGUCAACCAUUAUCCCAAGUUUCUCCUGAAG